GCAAAUAUGUUUUCAUAUAGAAAAAAAUCUGCUACAGUUUCUACACCCACACUUUCUCUUCCAUAGUUUCGUUUUCUUAUCUGGAUAUUAUUUUACACUUGGGAUUAGGAGGAUCUCUCGUGCUUCUUCGCUUCUCUCUCUCUCUCUCACUUAGCCAUGGCUGCUUUCACUUGCACCUCUCGCCCUCCGGUUUCUCUCCGUUCAGAGACGAAGAUCUCAUCCUCACCAUCGGCUUCUCUCUCUGCUCGGCGGAUGUUCGCCGUGUUACCGGAAUCAGGAGGAUUGAGAAUCCGUCUUUCUCACUCUCCGGCUUCGUUGACCUCGAUUCAUCCUAGGGUUUCUCGAUUACGAAGAGGUGUCGUCUGUGAAGCUCAGGACACUACCACGGAUAUAGUUUCAAUAGUCAACGACUCGACGUGGGAGUCUCUAGUUCUCAAGGCAGACGGGCCAGUACUGGUUGACUUUUGGGCACCAUGGUGUGGACCUUGCAAAAUGAUUGACCCGCUCGUGAAUGAACUAGCGCAGCAGUACACCGGGAAGGUCAAGUUCUACAAACUAAACACCGAUGACUCUCCUUCAACCCCAAGCCAGUACAAUGUUAGAAGCAUCCCAACGAUCAUGAUCUUUGUCAAUGGCGAGAAGAAAGAUGCAAUCAUAGGCGCAGUGCAGAAGUCCAUACUCACAUCUAGCAUUGACAAAUUCUUGCAAUGAGAUUUCACUGCGAGUCUGUAAGAUCUCUCCCUCUUUCUCUCUCUCUCUCAUUCUCUCUGUAACUGCGCUUUCUUUAUAGCUAUCUGCUUCUUCUCUACUGUAUCUUUCUUCAUCACUGAACAUCUAGACCUGGAUAAAUAAUAUGAUGUUAUGUUUCUUAUGGUAUUUUUUACCGACA